UUUGCUGCGUCACGGGUUCUCCGGAAGACGAGUUUGUUUCCAUGUUCGUUUUCAACAUUUUUUCAUCAGACAUUCUAUUGUCAUCAAAUUAUAAACCAUAAAUAAAAAAUGAAAAAUCAGUAAUUCACAUAUAAUGGCUCACAAAACAAAGGAGAAGGUAAAAAUAUAUAAGAAAAAACGACAAAUUCCUGAAAGUAAAAUUAUUGAAGAUCUACGAUCAAAAUACAAUAAUAUUGAUGAAACUAAAAUAAAAAAAUUUAAUGAUAUACCAUUAUCGAAUAAAACAUUGAAGGGAUUGAAAGAAAAUAAUUAUAUUGAAUUAACGGAUAUACAAAGACAAAGUAUUGGAUUAGCUUUAAAGGGUAAUGAUAUAUUAGGCGCAGCAAAAACUGGUAGUGGAAAAACAUUAGCAUUUCUUGUGCCGGUAUUAGAAAUUUUAUAUUGUAAGCAAUGGACAAGGUACGACGGUGUUGGUGCACUUAUUAUUACUCCUACAAGAGAACUUGCCUAUCAAAUAUAUGAAACUUUACGUAAAGUUGGUCUAUACCAUGAUAUUUCAGCAGGUUUGAUUAUCGGUGGAAAAGAUUUGAAAUUUGAAAAAAAACGUAUGGAUCAAUGUAAUAUCGUUAUAUGUACACCAGGUCGUUUGCUUCAACAUAUGGAUGAAAAUCCUCUCUUUGACUGUGUGAAUAUGCAGAUAUUAAUUCUCGAUGAGGCAGAUCGUUGUUUAGAUAUGGGUUUUGAAAGAACUAUGAAUUCCAUAAUUGAAAAUCUACCAAUUAAGCGACAGACACUUUUAUUCUCUGCAACGCAGACCAAAUCAGUUAAAGAUUUAGCCAGGCUAAGUCUAAAGGAUCCUAUGUAUGUAUCUGUGCAUGAACAUGCUGAACAUAUUACUCCCGAAGGACUUCAACAAUCUUAUAUUGUUUGCUCCUUGGAAGAAAAAACAGCAAUGUUAUGGUCUUUCUUGCGGAGUCAUUUGAAACAAAAAAUAAUUGUGUUCUUUUCUAGUUGCAAACAGGUCAAAUACGUUUAUGAAUCAUUUUGUCGGUUACGACCAGGAAUAAGUUUAUUAGCUCUAUAUGGUACACUUCAUCAGCUGCGAAGAAUGAAUAUUUAUGAGUCAUUUUGUAAAAAACAUUAUGCUGUAUUAUUUGCUACAGAUAUCGCUGCACGUGGAUUAGAUUUUCCUGCUGUUAAUUGGGUAGUCCAAAUGGACUGUCCUGAAGAUGUAAAUGCAUAUAUUCAUAGAGCAGGUAGAACAGCUAGGUUUCAAGCAGGUGGAGAAUCUUUAUUAGUUUUGUUACCGUCCGAAGUAGAAAUGAUACAACGGCUUCAGGAUCGUAAAAUACCAAUAAAUAUGAUAAAAAUUAAUCCAAAUAAAUUACAUUCGCCACAUCGUAAACUUGAAGCACUACUGGCUCGAGAUGUAUCUUUAAAAGAAAGUGCUCAAAGAGCUUUUGUAGCAUAUAUUAAAUCAGUUUUCUUGAUGAAAGACAAACAAGUAUUUAAUGUAAAAGCUUUAAAUACCGAUGAAUAUGCAAGAUCAUUAGGUUUAGCUAUUCCACCAAGAAUACGAUUUUUACAAAAGUCACAAAAUAAUACUUCUAAUUUACAAAAAGAAAUAAAUAAGGAGAACAAAGAAAGUGAUAAUUUAAACAUAUCCAAUAAUAGUGAAACAAAUAAAUAUAUUACCUCUAAUGAAUCUGAUAACGAAGAUAACAAUGCAAUGAAACACAUAUCGCAUACUCAGAAACAUGAUAAUAUUAGCUUUAUGGAUGACGAUAGCGACGACGAUUUAUUGACAGUGAAGAGGAGAAAUAUAGAUAUUGACGAUAUGUCCGAUACCAUGGAAAGUACAAAAGAUGAUAAGAGCAAUAAGAAAAAAAUUAUUACAAAAGUUGCAGUUGCAAAGAAAAUACUUAAGAAAAAAAUAAUCCCUAAUAGUAAAAAGACUUUUGGUGAUGAUGGAAUGGAAGUGAUAGAUCCAACGAAAAGCAAAGUAUCCGAAUUAGCCAAGAAAUAUGAGAAUGAAAUUGAUUCUGGUAUUAACAUUGAAAUAGCAAAACAAGUUUUACGUGAAGAAGACCAGUUUGAUAAACAAAGGUUUAGAGAAAAAAUCAAAGAAAAACAUCGCGAAGAAAAGCUUAAACUUAAAGCUAGUAAAAAGAAUAAAGAUAAAAGUGAUGAUGAGGAAUCACAGGAACCAAAUAGUGAUGUAAGUGAAAGUGAAUUUAGUGAACCAGACCUUUCAUGGCUACCAGAUCCAGAUAAAAUAUAUGGAGAACAAAAAGAAGACUUUAAUGAAAAUUCUCCGGAUAAUAUUGAAAAUAAAGAAGAUAGCAUGAUUCACAGUUUUUCCAAAAGAAAACUAAUAGUACAAAAAGAUAAAAAUGUUAAAAAGAGACGAAAAAUAAUCAAUGAAGUUAUAAAUUCUGGCCUAAAAACAGAUGAAGAAUUAGCUUUACAACUUUUACAACGGUGAACUGAAUUUAAAUUUUGAUAUGUAUUAUUUACAAUGUAAAGAAUUGUAAAAAAAUCAUGUUAUAAAAAAUA